UUUUCUUGCAAAUAAUGUGAAGUAAUUAUAUUGUGAAGAAAAUUCCCCCAAAUAAUAGUAGAAAGAAAUAUGGUAUCCGUAUCUCCACUGGCAGUCACUGCUGAAUCCUGUUGUGCUCUUUUCCGGUUGAGAGAAAGGCAGGUUUCUGUGGUUUCUACUUCACGCCGCCGAUCCCAAAUGGCCACCGCCGCUUUCUCCAAUUCGCCAAAAGUCAUCGAUUCCCAUUUGCACGUCUGGGCCUCGCCUCAACAGGCUGCAGAGAAGUACCCAUAUUUUCCGGGUCAGGAGCCUACAUUGCCGGGUCAUGUUGAGUUCUUGCUUGAGUGUAUGGGAGAAGCUGGAGUGGAUGGUGCCCUUAUAGUGCAGCCCAUAAAUCAUAAGUUCGAUCACUCCUAUGUCACAAGUGUCUUGAAGAAAUAUCCAUCAAAAUUCUUUGGAUGUUGUCUUGCAAAUCCAGCUGAAGAUGGAACCGGCAUCAAACAGCUUGAAGAUCUCAUUUCCAAGGAUGGCUAUCGUGCUGUGCGUUUCAAUCCAUACUUGUGGCCAUCUGGUCAAUUGAUGACAAAUGAUGUUGGAAAGGCCAUGUUUGCUAAAGCUGGAGAGCUUGGUGCUCCUGUUGGUUUCAUGUGUAUGAAGGGUCUUGAUCUGCAUUUAUCAGAAAUUGAAGAGCUGUGCACAGAGUUUCCUUCGACAGUUGUUCUGCUUGACCAUCUGGGUUUCUGUAAACCUCCAAAAAAUUAUGAAGAAGAACAAAUAUUUUCGAAGCUGCUAAACUUAUCUAGAUUUCCACAGUCAGCUUUGAUCAGUGACACAUACGUGGGACAGGUGUACGUGAAACUCAGCGCUCUCUUCAGAGUGUCAAGAUGCCCAUACCCGUACGAAGAUUUGUCCGAUGUUAUACUAAAAGUGGUGUCGAGCUAUGGUGCUAACCGCAUCAUGUGGGGAAGUGACUUCCCUUACGUUGUCCCUGAAUGCGGUUACAAAGAAGCAAAAGAAGCAGUGUGGAAACUGCUCCAAGAAGCGCGGUUAUCAUCUUCCGACACGGAAUGGAUCAUGGCUCGUACUGCUAAUCAAAUAAUCUUCAACAGGCCGCCACCGAUUAUGACUACAACUGGAGCAGCUUCAGUUAUGGAUACGUGAAUCACGAGUACCGAGUAGUUUAUGGUUUGAUAAUGUAAAGCUUAUCUAUGUUCGAAAUUGAGGUUAAUGAAUGCUGGUUAUAUAUCUUCAUUUCCUCAUCAUAGGGGUCAUUGUGCUGCUCAGCUUUCUUCGCCCCAAAUUUUUAGAUAAAGAUCUACUAAUAAGUUUAGUUAGAAAGAUUGACAUUUGAUACUACUGGCAUUCUGAGUUUCCAACAUAUCUGUCAAGUUCAAUCAAAA